CCCUCGGAGGCCCCGGAAACUUCGUCAGAGGGAAUGUAUAUGCGCACGCGCGAGAAGCAACGGUCUGACGAGCAAGAGGUCCGCCAAACGCCUACACCACCCUAGCCAAGUGGUCGUCGGGCAUUUUCGCCUGGUAUAUAUACCUACAUCAGAAGUAAUGGUGACCCUUGGCUUCUUGUCUGGGUGAAAGUGCCCCUUGUUAGGUUCUCUCCGGUUGGCGCCAUGUCUGUCCUCUUGGUACAUAUAUGUGUUAGCACAGUCCUUUCCGCUCAUGAUUCGGCCUUAUCCAUGUUUUCCUCUUAUAGAUUUAUACGCUCGGCACUCUGGCUCAUGAUUCAACGUUUCUAUAACCUUGAGGUGCUUAUUCUUCCUGCCAUUUCAUGUCUGCCUCUGUGUACACAAUUUUUCGUCUUUGCAUCUUGUCUAUUUCUCAACAUUGGCCGGCGUUUUGGGGGUUGCCACUGUUUGUUAUACUGUUUGUUAAACUGACUAUUGUCGGAAAGGAUGCUCCGGGUUUUCUGGAUUUC